AUGCGGAGCAGGAGCAGGUCGUUGGAGGAGCUGGGGGAAAGAGCGGGGAUCCGAUCAUCUCGCCUACUGAGGAAGGUCGUCACUGAGGUCUGGGAUUCCUCGCCAGUGCUUCAUCUGCAGUAUGUGACCGACACUUCCAAUUCUGAUCGGUGGAAGGAGGGACCAGAUUAUGUGUUCCCCGCGGAUUAUGUGUUCCCCGCGAAUUAUGUGUUCACCGCGAAUUAUGUGUUCCCCGCGAAUUAUGUGUUCACCGCGAAUUAUGUGUUCCCCGCGGAUUAUGUUUUCCCCGCGGAUUAUGUGUUCCCCGCGGAUUAUGUGUUCCCCUCGGAUUAUGUGUUCCCCGCGGAUUAUGUGUUCCCCGCAGCUUAUGUGUUCCCAGCGGAUUAUGUGUUCCCCGCAGAUUAUGUGUUCCCCGCGAAUUAUGUGUUCCCCGCUGCGGGGGGGUCAUUCGAGGAGGACGUGGGAAUGCUGCUUUCCUUCGAUACCCCGGAGCUGGGGGAGUUCAAGGUGGUGGGAAAGAAGGCCAUGUACAAAAUCUGUGUAAAAGUGUCCCAUGCCUCUUCCCUGGAAGGGGUGGUGGAGAACAACACUGAGCUCCUAAACAGUCGAGUGGUAUCCGUCAAUGUAGGAGAGGACAUCUCAGGCCUCAGUAACAACAUUAAUAUCAUGUUCCGCUUCCAGAAUGCAUCAGUGGAAAACAAAUCACGAGCAUGUGUGUUCUGGGAUGGUGAAAAUGGUAAAGUUGCACAUUGGAAUUCUUCUGGAUGUGUCACUGAGAAGAAGGACAAUGAAACAGUGUGCUCCUGUAACCACCUUUCAUUCUUCGCUGUGCUCAUGUCUCCGGGCAGUGUCUCUAGUGCCAGUCUGAGUUCCUCCUCUGUGUGGUUGCUGACGUUGUUGUCCAGGGUGGGCUGUGGAAUAUCCUUCUGUUUCCUGAGUCUGGCCCUCCUCAUCCACCUCAGAAGGGGUAAAUCUGACGAUUCCCUGUGCAUCCACACCUUCCUCAUCAACGGCAGCCUGGCCUCUCUUGGUGUCCACGGCCUGUGUGUUGCUAUGGCAGCAGCCACCCACUACUCCCUUCUGAGCACCCUCACCUGGUUCUCCCUGGAAGGCUUCCACCUCUACCUGCUCAUCAUCCGGGUCUUCAGCAUCCACGUCAGCAGAUACCUCCUCAAACUGGGCCUGGUAGGACGGGGAAUACCUGGCGUAGUAGUUACCAUAAUUGUCGCUUGUGGCAAAUAUGGAGAAUACAACAAAUACCAGCAAGACGGUGGUGUUGUUAAAAUGUGCUUGUUGACUGACUUUGCUCUGGCCACGGUGUCCUUUUCGUACUUUGUGCUGACAUUUGUGGUGAACGUGCUGUGCUUUGGGUCUGUGACAGUGAAGGUGGUGAGGGCCCACCGUCAGAGUCCUGUCCUGAGGGAGAGGAGUAUGAGCAGGGGGACAGUACUCAGUCUGCUGGGUCUGGCCUGGCUCCUGGGGGCCUCCUGGGGGUUCCUGCUCUUCCAGUUUGGCCCCCUGAAGGAGACAGCCUUCUACAUCUUCUGCACUGUCAACUCUCUCCAUGGCCUCUUCCUGUUUCUAGGCUAUUGGUCUUUAACUCGGCCAGAGAAAGAAUCUGUCUCCACGGCAACCACUGCAACUUCUUCAAGGGCGAUGCAUCCAGCUGAGGCCAGUCCUUGA